CACGUUCCUACAUUAUUUUUCUAUUGGACAUUUGAUGAGAGGGGUGGAAAUGGAGAGGCCAAAGCGCAACCACAGAACAGAUGCUAUAGAAUACCAAAAUAUGUGCCGUCUUUGGCGUCUUUGGAGCGGUCUGUCAACUUUACCCCUCCACGCCCAGGACUUCUCCUCAUUACGGGAUCCACAAGCCGCUAUGCCUAUACCUGCCGGUGCAUAGCUACGCCGGCCCAAUCUCCCGAGUAUAUAUUGCAAAAUAGAGCCAGUCCCAUUCGGGGUUCAUUCUACAAAUUAAGGAAGUCUCACUCCUAGUCUCAGUUCCACUCUCUCACCAACCGCCUUCUCCCGACGCGCUUUGGUGGCGAUGGGCGUCGCAGUCGCGGCCCGUACGUUGCCAUCAGAUGAUGCGGAUUGGGCAGGAAGCAUUAGUAGAACCGGCCCAGGAUAUAUGAGCUGGUUAUGCGGAGAAUAAAGGGCGGUAUGGCGGCUAAUUCAAAGGUAUGGGUAUAUUCUUGUUUCUCGAUAUCAUUCAUUGGACUCUCUCAAGCAUCACCCAUGUUCUCUCUUGGCAUAUAAAAGCCGAUAAUAUAAAGCACGGUAUAUCCCACGACCCUCGAUAUUGGUAUCGAUCGUCGCUCAGCCUAAAUUCCCCCUGCGUUAAAGUUGGGAUAUAUAUUCCCUUCUUCCCUUCAACUCCACUCUUGUCUAUCUCCCGAAGCCAAGCCUUCUCAUCAAUAUCACCACCAGACACUAGCAAUAUGGCUCUCUCCAAACUCACCCUCCUAGCCCUCCUCCCCUUCUUCCUCGCCACCCCUUCUCUCGCCGUCUCUGGCACCGGAGUAACAACCCGCUACUGGGACUGCUGCAAACCGUCCUGCUCCUGGUCAGGCAAGGCCUCCCUCAAGACUGGCCCUGUGCAGUCCUGUGACAAGAACGACAAUGUGCUCGCCAAUGUAGACGCCAAGUCCGCCUGUGAUAAUGGCGGUCCAGCCUUUAUGUGCUCCAAUGAGAGCCCAUGGGCCGUCUCGGACUCCCUGGCUUAUGGAUACGCCGCGGUAUCGAUAGCGGGUGGGACUGAGGCGAGCUGGUGCUGUGCCUGCUACGAGUUGACGUUUACGAGUGGCCCGGUGUCAGGAAAGAAGAUGAUCGUUCAGGCUACUAAUACUGGCGGUGAUCUUGGCCAGAACCACUUCGAUCUCGGCAUGCCCGGCGGUGGCUUCGGUAUCUUCAACGCCUGCACCCCUCAAUACGGAACUCCCUCCACCGGCUGGGGCGCCCAAUACGGCGGCAUCUCCUCACGCAGCCAGUGUGAUGCCUUCCCCGCAGCUCUCAAAGCCGGCUGCUACUGGCGCUUCGACUGGUUCCAGAACGCCGACAAUCCCUCCGUCAGUUUCAAGAGCGUCGCCUGUCCGCUGGCGAUCACGAACAAAUCGGGCUGUGUGCGCUCGGACGAUACGCCAACAGGAGACGGAACGGUGCCGACGGCAAGUGUGGUAACGCCGGUGAGCUCAACGAGCGCGGGGACAACGACGCCGUCGAGUGGGACGGGGACCGGGGGGGGGACGGUGGCGAAGUAUGGGCAGUGUGGGGGGUCGGGGUGGACUGGGGGAACUUCUUGUCAGGCUGGGUCGACCUGUCAGGCGACUAACCAGUGGUAUUCACAGUGUCUGUAA